UCCCGCAGCGCGUCCUCGCUGGCUGCGCUCCCUCCCGGCACCCGGCUUCUCCCCGCCAGCAACCGGCGGCUGCGGCGGCCGCCCGCCCCCCUCGCCAGCACCAUGACAGAUCAGGCCUUUGUGACACUGACCACAAACGAUGCCUACGCCAAAGGAGCCUUAGUCCUGGGCUCGUCUCUGAAGCAGCACAGGACCACCAGGAAGCUGGCUGUGCUUGCCACUCCUCAGGUCUCCGAUUCCAUGAGAAAAGUUUUAGAGACAGUCUUCGAUGAAGUCAUCACCGUAGACGUCUUGGACAGUGGCGAUUCUGCACAUCUAACCUUAAUGAAGAGGCCUGAGUUGGGUGUCACGUUAACGAAACUCCAUUGCUGGUCACUUACGCAGUAUUCAAAAUGUGUGUUCAUGGAUGCAGAUACUCUGGUCCUAGCAAAUAUCGAUGAUCUUUUUGAGCGAGAAGAAUUGUCGGCGGCACCAGACCCAGGGUGGCCUGACUGCUUCAACUCUGGAGUCUUUGUUUAUCAGCCUUCAGUUGAAACAUACAGUCAGCUGUUGCACCUUGCUUCUGAGCAAGGCAGUUUUGAUGGUGGGGACCAGGGUUUACUGAACACAUUUUUUAACAGCUGGGCAACAACAGAUAUCAGAAAACACCUGCCAUUUAUUUAUAACCUAAGCAGCAUUUCUAUAUACUCCUACCUCCCAGCAUUUAAAGCAUUUGGUGCAAAUGCCAAAGUUGUUCAUUUCCUGGGACGAGUCAAACCAUGGAAUUAUACUUACGAUCCUAGCACAAAGAGUGUUAAAAGUGAGUCCCAUGAUCCUACCAUGACUCAUCCAGAGUUUCUCAACCUGUGGUGGGACAUCUUCACCACCAGCGUUUUACCUCUGCUUCAACAAUUUGGCCUUGUCAAAGACACCCACUCAUACCUAAAUGUGCUUUCAGACUUGGUCUAUACACUGGCUUUCUCUUGUGGCUUCUGUAGAAAGGAAGGCGUCUCAGGAGCCGUAUCACAUCUGUCCCUUGGGGAGAUCCCGGCUGCAGCCCAACCUUUUGUGUCCUCAGAAGAACGGAAGGAGCGGUGGGAGCAGGGCCAGGCUGAUUACAUGGGAGCAGAUUCCUUUGACAACAUCAAGAGGAAACUGGACACUUACCUCCAGUAGAAACACUGCCUUUUUCCCAUGGACACAUCCACUUCACAGGCACUUGUUUCUGAUAUUUAAUAUCUCGAGCUGGGUUAGGAAAGGUCUGUUACAG